UUGUGAACGUCAUAGAUCGUUUACAUAUCCACUUGGAUAAACUGUUGUGUCACUUGUUGCCUUGCUAUUUUCACUUUCCUCCUCAUGCGCUUUCCCAGCCAUUGUGUUGAGUUUUCAUUUUAAUUUUUCGCCUGAAAUGACCUACUAUUAGCGCUAACUUUAUAUCUGUAAGUUUGAGUAAUAAUUAUUUCGAUACACUAGUUGGAGUGUCUUUCGGAGUGUUAACCUCAAAAAAUUAAAACGUGAGGUAAAUACUGGUGCUAUUGUUUGGUGCACAAAGUUGAUAAUUAGGAUUUUUCAUUUUUUUUUAAAAAUUACAACACAAAAUUUUACACAGGUCAGGUGAACUUUUAGAAUAGUGUUUUAAGGAUUGAAAAUAUUGGUGUUUCGCAACGUUCGUAUCACGAAACAAGUCCACUCAACGUUUACUAUUUGAAUGUAUACAGGUUCAAUAAUGUGUGAGCUGGCGGCGUGCCCAUAGUCGCAGAAUGUUAAGGCACCUGCGAUCCAGACUUCGCUCGGGUCUGAGCUUGCGCCCAGCCGAGGGAAAGGCUAGGCAAUUUGAGGCACCUCGGAGAUCCAACUGCCAUCCGCGAGUCCUCACAUGGCACAGUCACGGCUUGCACACGAGCAAAGCCACCUCUGCAGCAGCGGUGAAGCCCUUCAUCCUCUCGGAUAUUGGCGAGGGUAUCAAGCAGGUGGUCAUCACUAAGUGGCACGUCAAAGAGGGUGACGUCGUCGAAGAGUUCGAUGACGUUUGCGACGUCGAGAGCGACAAAGCAGCCACAACGAUAACCAGCAAGUUCAAAGGAGUCGUCAAGAAGGUCCACUACGACGUCGACGCGACGGCCCAGGUCGGGGCGCCCCUGGUCGACAUCGAGGUUCAGUCCGAAGACGCGGAGCCCUCGACGGUUGAAAAAGCGGUCCAAAGCGAAUCGACGCAGGUGGCGCCGUCUGGCGUAGGGGCGGAGGAAAUGCCAUUAGCGACGCCGGUUGCGGGAUCUAGCGGCGAGGAAGAGAAACGAGCGGGAGAGAGGCCAUUAGCAACGCCGGCGGUGCGUCGGCUACUGCGAGAGAAUCAACUGAGCCUCCAAGAAGUUCGUGGAAGCGGGAAGGGGGGCCGGGUCCUGAAGGAGGACGUCUUGAGCUUUAUCGACAAUAAUAAAGUGAAUCGACAGCGAGAUGAGACGGAGAGCCAUUACGAACAAUUGAGGCAGACGCAGGCCCAGGCGGCCGGCGGGGAGGGAGCGGGGGCAGGCAAUCAAGACGUGGUCUUCCGAGUGGAGGGCCUCACCAAACACAUGGUGCGGAGCAUGACCGCGUCGUCGGCCAUCCCGACAAUGACGUUCGGCGACGAGGUGAACGUCACCACGCUGGUCCAGUGGCGGGAGCAGUUUCGAGAGACUUUGGCCAAACGUGACGUCAAGCUCACGUUCCUGCCGUUCAUGAUGAAAGCCAUGUCGCUGGCCAUCUUGAAGUACCCCAUCGUCAACGCGUCCCUCGACGAGAAGUGCGAGAGAAUAACCUACAAGUCCGCCCACAAUAUCGGCUUCGCCGUCGCGACGUCGAGAGGGCUCGUUGUUCCCAACGUCAAGAAUGUGCGGAACCUGAGCAUUCUCCAGAUAGCUGUCGAGUUGGCGCGGCUCCAGAAUCUGGCUCACGCCGGGAGGCUGACGCCCUUUGAUAUAUCCGGAGGCACCAUCACUAUCUCCAACAUCGGGUCUGUGGGCGGGAUUUAUUUCCGGCCGCUUAUCAACCCGCCGGAGGUGGUCAUAGGCGCCACUGGGAAAUUGCAGACUUUACCGAGGUACAACAAGAAUGGAGAGCUGGAGAAAACCCAAAUCAUCAAUAUUAGCUGGGCUGCAGACCAUAGAAUUGUAGACGGUGCGACUCUCGCUCUGUUCUCCAACACUUGGAAAGAGUACUUAGAAAACCCCUCGGCUCUGUUGCUAGGUUUGGUAUAGCACAGUUUUAUGCCAGAAGUCAACACCGAAAAAAUGUUAAUUUUACAUUCUAGAGGUAAAAAAAGUGUGUGGCAACUUAUAGAAUGCCGAAUUAACAGCCACGGCAGUUAUUUUUACAUCUUGGCAUUGCUACAACAACUUCUGAAGCGGGUAAUUCAGCAUUUCAUACGUUCUUGCACACUUGGAGAUACAUGUUUUACAUCCAGAAUGUUGAAUCAACUUCCUCUUUUUUCGGUGAACCGUUGUCUCAGAGAAGAGAUCUAAAGUUGUAAUAACUAGGAACUGUUUUACGGAGAACUGGCCGCAUCAGGAACUUGAAAAAAAAAGAAGAAAAGGAGUGUCAUUAAUCUUUUUAAGUUGAAAGUUUCAUCGAAAAUUUCAUCUUAUUGUAAUCUUUGUGCCAUAAGUUUUCAUGACAUUUUAUUUUAAUGUAUCGUCUUAAAUGUGUGAAUCUCUUAAUUUUGAGCUGGAUUCUUCCGGUGAAUUUGAUAAAAUAAUCUGAGAUUGAGCACAUGCGUUAUUGCAUCGUGCGAUAUGUUAACGCUACAUGUAAGUGUAAUUUCUGAUAGUCAUUACAUUAUGCAAUCCGUCUUUUUCUUACGUAAAUUCAGAGAAGUGAUCGCGAAUUAUUCUGUCACUUUGUAUUGCAGCUGUAAUUUUUACUGGUAAAACGGUAUUUCCUCUGGUAAUUUUUAAUACUUUCCCUCUUUGCAGAGUGAAGGCGAAUAAACGUCGAGGACAAUGUUUUUCGAUCCCGUCUCUAUGUUUUUUUCUGAAAUUAAGCAAUAAAAUUGUUGAUCUUUGUCGAA